AUGUAUCAAGUUCCAAAACGAGCAAAAACAAACUUGGCUCGCGAAAUACGGAAAAGAGAGUUCAGUUAUGUGGAUAGACAGAAAGCAAGUAAACCAACGCAGUUGAGUGAAAAAGAAUGGAAAUCGCCAAGAAGUGAAGAUUCCUUUGAUUUACUUGAUCCAGCAAAUGCUUCAAAAGAGCCAUCGGCCAGUACCCGACCACUUCCAUAUCCACCAACUCGCCCUCCAGAAGUCGUAAUUCAAAUUGAUGAAGUUGAAUCACCAAUUCUUGGACUUAUUGAUGAAACGGAUGAUCAUGAAUUGGAUGGAAGAUUGGAUCCAGCUUCAUCUUUUGAUGCAAAUUCACUUUCAGCCACAAGAGCAUCUAGUAUCAUUGAAGAUGAUGUUCGUUCUCAAAUAUCAUUUAUUAUGAGAGAAAGAUUACAUUCAAUUGCAAAAGAAGUUCAUAGAAGAACAUCUGCAGUUCGUGAAGAUUUAAUAAGAGAAACACCUGAAGAUACUGUAUCAAUGGCAUCUAAUGUACCAAAACAAAAUGAGCAUCGACCGAGUUUGAUGUCAUUGAUUGGACUGCAGAAUCGUUCUGAGUCACCGACUGUCGACACUGUCAAAAAUUGCUUUGGGUUUUCAUUGAAAGGAACAUUUCAUCCGUAUGGUCGUUUCUACAUGACAUGGCUCUCACUAGUUACUUUAUGUUUUUUAUUCAAUGCAUUUUGUAUUCCACUUCGAUCAAGUUAUCCUUAUCAGACAGCAGAUAACUGGAUGUAUUGGUUCAUUGUUGAUUAUUCUUGUGAUUUGGUUUAUGUAAUUGAUAUGCUGCUAAUCAAACCACGGUUAAGAUUCACGAGAGGAGGAAUUCAAGUCAAAAUUUAUAAAGAUACACAACGUCAUUAUCUGAUGACUAGAACCUUUAAACUGGAUAUUCUGAGUAUUCUUCCAACAGAUUUAAUGUAUUUCUUCUUUGGGAAAAUGCCAAUUUGGAGGAUUAAUCGAGUUUUGAAGAUCAACUCAUUUUGGCUACUUUUCGACAUGCUUGACAAUUCUUUUGCCAAUCCAUAUGCCAUUAGAAUUGCUCGGACUCUUUCAUAUAUGAUAUACAUCAUUCAUUGUAACAGUUGUGUAUAUUACAAACUUUCGGCAUUACAAGCGUUUGGACAAAUUGCUUAUUUGGAAAAUGGAAAAUGGUAUUUGAACAAAUGGGUUUAUAACAAUCAAGGAAAUGCGUAUAUCCGAUGCUUCUACUUCACCGCAGCCGUGGCCACAUCUACUGGAAAUAACCCAGCACCAACUAAUGUUAUCGAGUACAUUUACAUGACAUGUUCCUGGAUGAUGGGAGUGUUUGUAUUUGCCUUGUUGCUCGGUCAAAUUCGAGAUAUUGUGUCGAACGCAAAUCGCAAUCGGGAAGAAUUUCAAAGAAAAAUGGAUUUAGCAUUGGGAGAAUGCAAGAAACUUGGUCUGAAAAUGGAAACGACCAACCGAGUUCGUGAUUGGUUUAUCUACACCUGGCAGCAACAGAAAACUUUAGACGAAAAGAAGCUCAUCGAAAAACUGCCUCUCAAGCUACAAACUGAUCUGGCUUUGUCUGUUCAUUACACAACUUUGAGCAAAGUUCAACUAUUCCAAGACUGUGAUCGUGCUCUUCUGAGAGACUUGGUUUUAAAAUUGAGACCCGUUAUAUUUUUACCCGGUGAUAUGAUUUGUUUGAAGGGAGACGUUGGAAAAGAAAUGUACAUCAUAAAUCAAGGAAUUCUUCAAGUCGUUGGUGGAGAUCACAAUGAGAAAAUAUUUGCAGAAUUAGCACAAGGUGCAGUAUUUGGAGAAAUCAGUCUAUUGGCAAUUGGUGGAAAUAAUCGAAGAACUGCAUCGAUCCGUGCAAAGGGUUACUGUACUUUGUUCGUUUUAGCAAAGGAAGACUUGAAUGAUGUCAUCAGAUAUUAUCCACAAGCACAGACAAUUUUACGGAGAAAAGCAGCUGCUAUGUUGAAGAAUGAUAAAAAGAGUGAUGAAAAGACAGAAAAGAUAAAGGCGCAAGCAGAGUUAGAAGAUAGAUGUAAGAUUAAUCCAAGACAAGUUCCUAAAUUGAUUACGUUGAUUGCUAAUAUGACAGAGAUGAAUGAAAACAAAGGAGUUCAAGAAUUGAAGAAAGUUAUUGAGGAAGAAACAGAAAAGUCACGCCGGCAAUCGAUAUACUAUCCCUGGAGUACUCUACAAAGAGACGAUGACGACGAAGAAGAAUGGAAUGAUGAAGAGGAUCUAUCAGAUGUUGGAGAAGAUUUUGAUUUGGAUCCAACAAAUCAUUCCGACGAUGAGGAUCCGAUGGAGGAUGUUGACUUGGCACCGGAGGUACAUGAUGAUGAUUGGGAUCAACCAGGAACUUCCGGAACACAGAAACUACAUGCCGAUUAAUUUUCUUUUUUUUUUUUGAUUAUAACGUAAUAUAACCAGUAAAUUUAUUACAAAA